AGGCAAAUAUGAAUCUACAGACAGAAGGCCUGGUGGAGAGAGCCUGGAAUUCGACCAUGGGAGCACGACGAAUUGCUCUACCAUUCCAGACCUGGGAGAGGUCCUGGGUUGAAUCCAUGGAUCUUGUCCACCUCGGCAAAUGCUCCCUUUGCAACAUUCGACAAUGAACGCUUCCAAAGACAGACAAAUCCGAUGGUGAUACCUCCUUGGGAGAAGGACGAGCACCCGCACAUGAAAUCCAGAGGCUUUACUCUGGGUCAUGUUGACGCUGAACUGCGGAAGAAGAUUCACAAGUUGCCAUGGGAGUUGGAUGACGGAGACAACUCGAAUCCCAAGGAGUCUCGCACUUUCGACCUAAAAUAUCCAGAUAACAAAUGGAAUGGAAGCCCUUGGAAUCGCAAACCUGGAGCCAACAGAUCCAUGACUCCGCCGCCACCGAGGCCUAAGAUUAUUCGAGAGGCAAUGUCCUGCGCAGCUCCUUUUGCUACAAAAGAUAACAUGGUCAUAGUAAAGUAUGGAGAGGGCAAGCCAAGUCUAUACAACAACAUAUUGCGGCGCAGACAGAGAGCCGCGAAGCCCUUUGUGGAAACGCACUGUCCAUUUGAACGGGAUGAGUAUGACCCCGCAGGAAAAUUACCGAAGAGGCCUAACGUCUUUCCAAGGGAUAUAAACACGUAUAAACCUUGGCCCAUUCCUCAUGCGGAGGAGAAGAAGUUAAUAGAUGGUCUACCCCUUCAUUGUGAUUUGAAGGAAGGUAUGCUACCAUGCAGUUGA